UCAAGCAAAUAGACUCUUUAAGCUUGCACCAUCAGAUCCAAAGAAGGCUCCUCGACGACCUAAACCUACAAAAGGAUCAUUCCCGUUUGCAUCUUUCUAAUCCUUCUACCUUUUUAAUCCUCACUUGCCUUCCUUGCUGAUCUUGAUCUGACCACCUCGGAUAGAAAUAGGAAAUGCACAUAAGGUUCGGUAUCUUUCGAGACUGCAAAUGCCAGGUUCGAAGAGAAAAAUGUGAGGUUGUCGCACCGAUCUCGUCUUCAAGCUUCAACCUGUCCGAGGAGUACACCAACAACUUCCGCACCGAGUCAUACCACGAAUUCUGGGCACAAGUUUUGGGUCUCGCUUUCGACGACGGUGCAGCCCUCGACCCGAGAGGAAGUGGCACUACUGCUCGGCUACCUUCUCACCGCCUCCUCGCGGAGCAUCUUCUCCACCCCGACCAGCCCACCGUUACCAAAAUCCUCGCCCACAUUCGAACACGUUGUCGCCCUGACAUCCAUGCCCUCCUCUCCGACUACUACGCCGAGACCGCCGACGCCUCGCUCCUCUGCGGCCUUCUCCUGAAGGACAUCGGCCAGAUUCGACGCCGGUACCGCCCGUUCAAAGCCGCCCUUCAUUCUGUCAUCUACGAUAGCCAGUCACAUCAUGGCCUCCAAACCAUCAUCGACAACCUAGUCGACAUCUCCAAGACCACCAACCCCUUCCUUUCAUCGGCUUCAUCUCAAAGUAAAUUCCGAGCAGUCCAACAUGGCUGCGCAGACCUGCUCAAGAGGCUCGGUUCACGCCGUAAGAAGGUGAUGGCUAAGCUUCGGUUCAUCAACCGCCUGAAGCGAGCCUUGGCCAUAUCAGCCGUCGUCGUCCUUGCGGCUUCGGCGUCGAUAGUCGGUGCUUGUGUAACAAUGCACGCUUUGGUGGCCUUGAUAGCUCUACCGGUGUUCCUCUCGGCUUCGUCUCGGAUGGCCUCGUCGAGGUGGCCGGGCCGGGUGAUGGCUCAGCUGGACGCAGCGGCCAAAGGGACGUACAUCUUGAACCGGGACUUGGACACCAUCAGCCGGCUCGUGGCUCGGUUGGACGACGAGGCCGAGCACAUGCUCGCCUUGCUGAGUCUCUGCGAGUGGCACGACGGCCACCGCCGCCGGUUGACUCAGGAGGUGGUGCGGCAAAUAUCGAAGAACCUCGCGAGCUUCAACCAGCAGCUGGAUGAACUGGAGGAACACCUGUACCUCUGCUUCAUGACCAUCAACAAGGCUAGGAGAUUAGUCAUGAAGGAGUUGUUGGUGGCCAACGCUAGCAGAGUCCAGAAGAAUUCAACGCGUUGUAGUUUUCCAGGCUAUUAAUGUACAGUGUCAAACUCAUUCUUCAUGCGCAAUAAGUUGAUUGGUGUAUUCCUGCACUAAGUUUCUAUCUUCCAAGGAUUAUAUGAACUGCUAAACCA